AUGUACAGACAACACCCGUUGAGACAGUCCCAAACAAUCGACUACCCGGUCACUCGACAGCCGUCGACGGCGUCUUCGUCCGCGUCGUCGGGCUACUCGACCACCUCGAACCAAAGCUCCAUCGCCAGCAGCAUGACCUCCCAUGCCAGCGCAUACUCAACGCCGAGCCAUAAACGCGGUCAAAGCGAGGCUAGUAAACUGACGCUGACGUCUUCCUUCUCCGGCCUCAAUAUCACAUCAUCCCCACCCAAGGCGGACCCAGACAACAUCUACAACAUGUCGCCCACAAAGUCUCCAGUGUCGCUCAUAAGUACUCCAGGGGCGUCCGCAAAGACCCCAGUGUCGCCCACAAAGAGCCUUAUCCGACAUGAACGUGGUCUGAGCGUCGACACGGGCAAGUUGGCAAAGUCUUACGAGAAUGAUCGCUUUGCCGUCGCCGGAUCGCCGCAACCUCGCCCCUCACCUCUUCGACCCAGUUCUAUGUUCCUUUCCCGAUCGGACGCUGUUAACCACGGAGGCAGUGCCGCUGUAGCUCAUGCUAAUGCUCCCCUGGCUCUACACCACGGCCAUUCGGCAAUAAUACAGGCACCCGAUUUCAAAACGCUGGGCAAGUCCUCUACAAAUCAGCUGCGCACACUGUCGAAACUCGCCCAGUCCGGCUCGGCCGACGAGUUUGCGCUUACCGCCCCGACACAGGAGGUGGUCGGCUUGCGCGGUCGCAGACGUCUACAGAGAGCCGACGAUGCGGCACCAAACAGGCUGGGUCACCGAGGCGGCGCCUAUGGCUGGGAGGGCAGGAAUUGGAUGGAUAAGCAGCGGCAGUUCCUCCAAGCCUAUGAAUACCUUUGUCAUAUUGGAGAGGCCAAAGAAUGGAUCGAGGAUAUCAUCCGACGUGCCAUUCCUCCUAUCGUCGAGCUUGAGGAAGCGCUGCGGGACGGCGUCACACUCGCAGAGGUCGUGGAAGCCUUGAAUAUCGAGAGACGCUACAAGAUUUUCCGACAUCAGAAGCUACAGUACCGCCAUUCUGACAACAUUGCCAUUUUCUUUCGCUAUCUCGACGAGAUUGAGCUUCCCGACUUGUUCCGCUUCGAGUUGAUUGAUCUGUACGAGAAAAAGAACAUACCAAAGGUUAUCUACUGCAUCCAUGCCUUAAGUUGGCUCCUCUUUCGCAAAGGGAUUGUCGAUUUCCGCAUUGGAAACCUGGUUGGACAACUCGAAUUCGAACACCAUGAACUCGAAGCAAUGCAAAGAGGCUUGGACAAGCUGGGAGCUAACAUGCCGAGUUUUGGAAGCAUUGGUGCCGAUUUUGCAGAGGAGCCCCCAGAACCCCCCGAGCCAGUCGAGACAGAAGAAGAAAGAAUCGAUCGUGAGCUCGGCGAAAAUGAGGCGGUCAUUUCAGACCUUCAAGCCCAGGCCCGUGGCGCAUUGCUACGAAUGCAGCUCGGGCAGACAAUGCAGCAGCUCUGGGAUUCCGAAGACUGGCUAGUCGAUCUUCAAUCCCGUAUUCGCGGCGAUUUUUCAAGACAGAUAUCCGACUACCGUCUGCAGAUGAGGAGUUUUGCAACCAACUUGCAGAGUGCUGCACGCGGCUUUCUUACACGCCAACGGCAACAGCAGGAGGAGAAUGCCUGGAAAACCACAGAAGGCGACAUUCUCGAGCUGCAGAGCCUGAUACGCGCCGGCAAGGUCCGCAAUGAGAUUCGAGACACUCAAUAUCAGCUGGAAAAAGCAUCGGGGCCACUGCGCGAGAUCCAAGCCGUUUUCAAGGGCUUUCUGACGCGGCAGAAGGUGCAAGAUGCCGACUCCCAGCUGAAACUAGCAUCAGGGCCAGUGCGCGAUAUACAAGCUGUUUUCAAGGGCUACUUGGCACGCCAGAAGGUGCGGGACACUCAAUCUCAGCUGGAAACAGCAUCCGCACCUGUGCGUGCAGUCCAGGCCGUGUUCAAGGGCUAUCUGGCACGACAAAAAAUACAGGCUCAGCAGCAAGAUGUGGAGGAUGCAACGGCUCCGACAUCUGCGCUGCAAGCGUCUAUUCGGGGUAUGCUGUUGAGGAGGCACCUGGCUGAAGAGCAGAAGGCGCUCAUGGCCGAGAGCGGUCCUGUCUCGGGAUUUCAGGCUGCCGCGAGGGCAAUGUUAGUCAGACGCGAGAUCGACGAGCAAAAAAGCGCCCUUGAGGGCUUUGCGCCCCAGUGGGAAGAGCUCCAGGCCCUUGCUAGGGGCAAGGCUGUUCGCGACGAUGCUCACGCAUUGAGAGCAGAGCUUGGUGAGCACACUCCACUGGUGGAAACCCUUCAAGCUUGCAUUCGCGCGGCUGCCGUCAGGCGCGAUGUUGCCGAGACGCUCGAUGCGCUGCAGGUCUGCGAACCCGAGAUCAUCGACCUGCAGUCGCGGAUUUGCGGGAUGCUACAGCGUCGACAGGUGGCUGCCGAUCUAGAGGCUCUCGACGCGCAGGUUCCAGAGAUCAUCAGCCUGCAAUCUCAUGUCAGAGCAUUCCUAUUCCGUCAAGAGCAGGCUGCCUUUCUCGAGGAGCUCCAUACGCAUGAGCCGGAGAUCGUUUCCCUCCAAGCGUUGGCACGGGCUAUGAUGCUGCGAAGCGAGGUUGCUCAGCUGUUGGCAGAGCUGGACGAGCACGAAGAGUCCGUGGUAGAGCUGCAGGCUGUUGCCCGAGCAUACCUGGUUAGAAUCCAGUUUGCCGAGAAGCAGCGCUUCUUCAACGAGAACAUGCAGAAGGUGGUCAAGAUUCAGAGCUUUGUCCGUGCAAAGCUUCAGGGCGAAGCCUACAAGAGCCUGACGACGGGUAAGAGCCCGCCGGUUGGCGCGGUGAAGAACUUUGUGCAUCUGCUCAACGACAGCGACUUUGACUUCAAUGAGGAGAUCGAGUUUGAGCGCCUGCGCAAGACGGUGGUGCAGCAAGUGCGCCAGAACGAAAUGCUGGAGCAGUACAUUGAUCAGCUCGACAUCAAGAUCGCCCUCCUCGUAAAGAACAAAAUCACGCUAGACGAAGUCGUCCGCCACCAAAGCAACUUUGGCGGCCACGCCGGAACAUUUAUUGCCAACAGCUCGAUGUCGUCGACCAACCAGUUUGAUCUCAAGGCCCUCAACAAGAGCUCUCGCAACAAACUCGAAUCCUAUCAGCAGCUGUUCUUCAACCUGCAGACACAGCCACAGUACUUGGCCCGGCUUUUCCGUCGCAUACGCCUGCAGGGAAUGCAGGAGAAGGAGUGCAAGCGGGUUGAGCUUCUGAUCAUGAGCCUCUUCGGGUACGCGCAAAAGCGGAGAGAGGAGUACUACCUGCUCAAGUUGAUUGCGCGGUCAAUCAGUGAGGAAGUAGAAAGCGCGGCUACCGUCCAGGAGUAUCUCCGUGGAAACUUCUUCUGGCAAAAGCUGCUGUCGAACUACACCCGAUCGCCGCGUGAUCGCCGGUAUCUGCGUGACCUUUUGGGGCCCAUUAUCCGGGACAACAUUAUCGAAGAUCCGGCGCUCGACCUGGAGAGUGAUCCAAUGCAGAUCUACCGCUCCGCCAUCAACAACGAGGAACUCCGGACUGGGCAGCCGAGUCUCCGUCCGCGUGAAGUGCCUCGCGAGGUCGCCAUCAAGGACCCCGAGACACGCGACCUGUUUAUCGACCAUCUCCGUGACCUGCGGGAAAUCUGCAAUCAGUCCCUACUGGCGAUCGAGGAUUUGCUGCCGCGCCUUCCAUACGGCAUCCGCUUUGUCUGCCAGCAGAUGCUCAACUCCUUCUGCCAGCACUUCAAGCACGAAAGUCCGCAAUUCCUCCUUCAGCUUGUUGGGAGCUGGUUCUGGCGUUUCUAUCUCCAGCCAGCGGUGACAGCUCCCGAAAAUGUCGGCGUGGUCGACAAGCAGCUGAGUCCGCUGCAGAAGCGGAAUCUUGCAGAGGUGGCCAAGGUACUGGGUCAGAUCGUGUCCGGACGGCCGUUUGGUGGCGAAAACAUUCACCUGCAGCCUCUCAACGGGUUUAUCGCAGACUCGAUCGGCAGGCUGGGCCGCAUCACCCAGGCGGUUGUUUCGGUGCCGGACGCUGAGCACACAUUCGACAUUGACGAGUUCAACGACCUGUACGCGAAGAACCGGCCGACUCUGUACAUCAAGAUGACGGACAUCUUUGCCGUGCACCAGCUUGUGACUACGGAGCUGCCCUCGAUGUGCCCGACCAGAGACGAUAUGCUGCGCGAAAUCAUGCAUGAACUUGGUAGCGCCAAGAACAACGAGAGCGAGAUGAUGGCGGCCGGCUCAUCCGAUAUCCAGAUGAUCCUCACGCCAAAGCUGCACGAUAUCGAAGACCCCGAGGCCGAAGUGAAGGCGUUGUUUAUGGAGACCAAGCGCUGCAUUCUAUAUAUCAUCCGAGUGCAGACGGGCGCAAACCUCCUCGAAAUCCUGGUGAAGCCAAUCGUGCCGGCCGACGAAGUCAAAUGGCAGGCACUUCUACAUGAAGACUUUGCCGUCGGCACAAACACCCGAGGCGCGUACUCUGAUGCAAACAUGGUGGAUGUUACUCGCAUGACCUACCACGACAUGAAGCGCACGGCCUUGGAGAAUGUUCUGCGCCUGGAGCAAUGGGGACGUAUCUCCAAGCAAAACCAGUACCAGGACGUUCUUAACGCGAUUGCCCUGGACAUCCGGACGAAGAGCCGUCGGCGUGUGCAGCGGCAGCGCGAGCUGGAAGGCGUGCGGCUGACUCUCAGUAAUUUGCACGAAAAGGCCACGUAUCUGGAGCAGCAGCGCAAGAGCUACGACGACUACAUCGAGCAGGCCAUGGCGACUCUGCAGAGCAAGAAGGGGAAAAAACGGUUCCUCAUGCCGUUCACCAAACAAUACAACCAUCAGCGAGAGCUGGAGCGCAGCGGACGCGUGCCAAAGUUCGGUUCGUACAAGUACAGCGUUCGGGCACUAUCAGACAAGGGUGUUGUCGUCAGCUGGGUUGGGGUUAUGGACCGCGACUUUGACCGGAUCAACCUGACGAUAUCGUGCGACGAGGUCGGUGUCUUCUCCAUCGAAGCUUCCCGAGGACACGUGCAAAUUCCCGGGGCCAGUGCUCUGGUGUCGAUUGAGGACCUCCUGCAGGCGCAAUUCGAGUCGCAUCAGUUUAUGAACCUCUUUGAGAAUAGGCUGCGUCUCAACGUCAACCUGCUGCUGCAUCUGGUCUACAAGAAGUUCUACCGAACACAGUGA